AAAGUGGUUGGUCAUAGUUAUAGAGAGUUCUUGUUCCUUAUUUAAUUACUAGAGUUUUCUAUCUUCCAUAAACUGAACCCUCAAGGUAAUCAUAAAUAGAGAGAGAUCACAAGCUAUGCUCAAUCAACAGGGAUUAAUGUUUGAGCAGCAAGAGAUGGGUUUCUUGGGUUCUCUUAUUCCACCAAACAUGGCUCUUCUUCCACAGUUGGGUUGCAACCAAUCUUCUUCUUCUUCUUCUCUCAAGGCCUUAUUCAAUGAUAUUCCUCCAACAAGCAGUAGAGUUACUGGUGGAGCUGAUGCAAUUUCAAAUGUUAAUCUGAUGAUCAGUACUCAUGAAACCCUAUUCUCACCACCAUCAUCAUCAUCUGCCAGUACUCUAAAGCCGAGAGGAGGAAUCACCACUACUACUGCUAGUAGUUGUGAUAUUGAAGGACCUCAUCUCCUUUCCUUGCAAAGAUCUAGUGCAAAUCUCUGGGCAUGGGAAGAUGUGAAUGAGAGCUUGAAUAACAACAAAAGAAGAAGUGAUGGUGGUGAUAUUGAUCAUCACCACCACCACCACCACCACCACCACCGUCAACAACUAGGGGUUUCAGCAAUGAAGAUGAAGAAGAUGAAAGGGAGAAGGAAGGUUAGGGAGCCAAGGUUUUGCUUCAAAACACUGAGUGAUGUGGAUGUGUUGGAUGAUGGUUACAAGUGGAGGAAGUAUGGCCAAAAAGUAGUGAAGAACACACAGCAUCCCAGGAGCUACUAUCGAUGCACACAGGAUAACUGCCGAGUAAAGAAGCGUGUAGAAAGAUUAGCAGAGGAUCCCAGAAUGGUUAUUACAACAUAUGAAGGUAGACACGCUCAUUCUCCAUCGCACGAUCUUGAUCAGGACUCGCAAGCUCCAUCAGAACUCGCUAAUUUCUUCUGGUAGCUAUGUAUAUGAACUACCAUUGCUUUCUUGUAUUUUAAUUUCUGAAAAAAGUGGUCGCAUUUUAACUUUAUUUAGGACAACUUUUUAACUAUUGAUUUAAGUGAAAUGACAAAUAGGGUCUGUUGUUUUUGGUCCCACAUAUUUCAAAUCAAUAGUCAAAAAAUUGUUCUUAUUUUAUAUCCUUACGAGAGAAUUUGUGUGUGUAUAAUCGACACGGCCACUUAUAAGUGUUUCUUUGCUCUACAUCAUGAACACUGUACUUGU